AUGCCAUCAGCCAGGAACUCAGGAAGUAUUAUGAGCGGGGUGAGCUGCAAAGCAAACGGAGCUGUGUACCCCUCCUCAUCAGCAGCGAUGAACUCUGUGAAGAAGCCCAAGAUGGAGCAGAUUCAGGCCGACCAUGAGCUCUUCCUACAGGCCUUUGAAAAACCUACUCAAAUAUACAGAUUUCUUCGCACAAGGAACAUAAUUGCACCUAUAUUCUUGCACAGAACUUUAACUUUCAUGUCUCAUAGAAAUACUCGAAUAAACAAAAAAAGAAAAUCAUUCAAAGUGGAUGAUUUGAUGAAGAAGGUGGAAAAGAUGAAGGGACACCCUGACUCACCCAACAUGUCUUCACAUUUACAGCUAACAUUCACUGGAUUCUUCCAUAAGGACGAAAAGCCAUCACAACAUUCAGAAAAUGACCAGAGUUCAGUUUCUUUAGAGGUGCUUCUUGUAAAAGUCUGCCAUAAAAAAAGAAAGGAUGUCAGUUGUCCAGUUAAGCAAGUGCCUACAGUUGUCUCUAGCAAUGAGUUUGAGCCCAGCAACAGCCACAUGGUGAAGUCGUAUUCGCUCCUGUUUAAAGUGUCGCGUACAGGAAAAAAGAAUAGCAGUAAUCUGGUCAAUGGUCAGGCCAAUGAGAAUGUUGAUGUUACUGAUAUACCAAGUAGAAAGAAGCGAAGUUCUUCACAUAGAGAAGAAUGUGAUAUGUGUGAGACGUUUAUUGCACAAAUGACUGUUUUUGAUAAAAACAGACGAUUGCAGCUGCUGGAUGGAGAAUAUGAAGUGUCAAUGCAAGGAAUGGAAGACAGCCCUGUAAGUAAGAAGCGUGCUACAUGGGAGACCAUUCUGGACGGAAAGAGGCUUCCACCUUUUGAGACCUUUUCUCAGGGACCCACUUUACAGUUUACACUGCGAUGGACCGGUGAUGCCAAUGGAAAACCUGUUGGUUCUGUGGCCAGACCCCUCUCUACCCGCAACUCAGACACUUUCACUCCCAUGGAAACCAGGAACAGCAACCACAGAGCACUUAUGAUGAAGGAGUCUGUCAAUGCAGAUCUUCAUUCAAAAAAAGAUCAUUCCCAGUUGGAACCACGGCAGAAACUGAGAAUAUUUUAUCAGUUUUUAUAUAACAACAACACAAGGCAGCAGACGGAGGCCAGAGAUGACCUUCACUGUCCUUGGUGUACGUUGAACUGCAGAAAGCUCUACAGCCUACUUAAACACCUCAAACUCUCGCACUCACGCUUCAUCUUCAACUAUGUGCCUCAUCCCAAAGGAGCAAGGAUAGAUGUGUCCAUCAAUGAAUGUUAUGACGGCUCAUAUGUUGGAAACCCUCAGGACAUCCACAGCCAGCCAGGUUUUGCUUUUAGCCGUAAUGGACCUGUGAAGAGAACAGCAGUCACUCACAUACUGGUUUGCAGACCCAAAAGGACCAAGCCAAGUCUGUCAGAGUUCCUGGAGUCUGAAGAUCCAGAGUCGGAGCAGCAGAGGACGUACGUGAGUGGACACAACAGACUGUACUUCCAUAGUGACAGCUGUAUGCCGCUGCGGCCGCAGGAGAUGGAGGAGGACAGUGAGGACGAGCGCGACCCCGACUGGCUCCGAGAGAAAACUGCAACGCAACUGGAUGAGUUCACUGAUGUGAAUGAGGGAGAGAAGGAGGUGAUGAAGCUUUGGAACUUGCAUGUUAUGAAGAGCGGCUUUAUCGCUGACAACCAGAUGAGUCAGGCCGUAAUGCUGUUUGUGGAGAGCUGUGGCACCCACAUCGUGAGGCGUAACCUGUGCCGUAAUGUCCUCCUUCACCUCGUCAGCAUGCAUGACUUUAACCUGGUCAACACCUCCACCAUCGACCGCGCUAUGACUCAGCUGAGAAUGAAGAAAGAGGAGCUGAAGGACACUGAGGGGCAGGAGCCACUGCUGGAAGCCUGCAAUGGCACAGCGCUCACCUCCUGUGGCAAACAGGGCACGAGAACAAAGAGCUCCCUCACAGACUGA